AUGGCAGAGAGGAGAACAAGCAACGGAGGAGACGUUGUGAUCAACGUUUCAGAUAAAGAAACGCCAAGAGAUCCAGUAGGAUCGGCUUCUUCCAAGGUAGCGGCUUCACCAGGGUCAGAUACCGAGCCUAAGAAACUAGAGCCGUUAAGCAUUCCACCUCCUGAGAUCUAUAAGUUCGCUGGUAGCGUUCACAAGCCGCCUAAAACUCCAAGUCCUAACACUGAUGGUAUAGCUCGGAGAAGAUCUCUUUCGAGGUCGGUUUACUCCAAGCCAAACUCAAGGUUCGGGCAACAACAGUCUUAUCGGUACGACAAGACUAUAGUAGAGGAAAAUGGUGGAACCCUAAGGGAACAUUUUGGAGCUGGUUCGUUUUCAAGGACUUCUUUCAACAGAGCUUCCCCUCAAAACAACUCGAAAAGGAGCGUUGGUUCGGCAGCACUGAGUAGAGUUGCUGAGGAUGAAGUAGAUGAAAGAGAUGAAAACGAGGAGAUCUAUAAAAAGGUUAAGCUAAACCGAGUGAAACGUAGCGGAAGAAUGAGUCCUCUGGCUCUGCUUGAGUUGCUACUGUUUAUUGGCAUUUUGUGCUCUUUAGUUGUGAGUUUAACCGUUGAUACGGUGAACAAGUAUCGCAUUUGGGGUUUGGAAGUUUGGAAAUGGUCCGUGCUUGCGAUGGUGACGUUCAGUGGCAUGUUGGUGACGAAUUGGUUCAUGCAUUUUGUGGUGUUCAUCAUAGAAAGGAACUAUCUCCUACGUAAAAAAGUCUUGUACUUUGUGCAUGGAUUGAAGAAGAACGUUCAAGUCUUCAUUUGGUUUGGUCUGAUUCUGAUAGCUUGGGUGUUUCUGUUCGAAGACGACGACAAACGAUCUCGCAAGGCCACAAAGUUUCUCAACGCUAUAACAUGGACAACCGUUUCCCUUCUCAUCGGGUCAGGACUUUUCUUGGUGAAGACGUUUGCCUUGAAAGUGCUUUCUUCAAAGUUCAACGUCAGAAACUUCUUUGAGAGAAUUCAAGAGUCUGUUUUCCACCAAUACGUUCUCCAAACACUCUCGGGACCUCCUCUUAUAGAAGAGGCGGAGAUCGUUGGUCGCGAGCCAAGCACGGGACACCUUAGUUUCACGAGCACCAAGAGCAAGAGCGGAAAGGUGAAAGAGAAGAAAGUUCUUGAUAUGGGAAAAGUUCACAAGAUGAAACAAGAGAAGGUCUCUGCUUGGACAAUGAGAGUUUUGAUUGAAGCCGUUGGAGCUUCAGGUCUCUCAACCAUAUCCAACACUUUAGAUGAGAGCACCAAUCGGAAAGAGAAAACUGAUAAAGAAAUCACUAAUGAGAUGGAGGCUGUGGCUGCUGCUUAUGAUAUCUUCAACAAUGUUGCUCAGCCGAACCAAAGUUACAUAGAGGAAGAUGAUCUGCUAAGGUUCAUGAUUAAGGAAGAGGUAGACCUUGUUCUCCCAUUAAUAGAAGGUGGUGAAAACGGAAAAAUCACACGCAACGCUUUUACAGAAUGGGUGAUUAAUGUAUACACAAGUAGGAAAGCAUUAGGACAUUCACUGAACGACACAAAAACAGCGGUUAAGCAAGUGGACAGAAUUAUAACAGGAGUCUUGAUCAUUGUCAUCUUCCUCAUAUGGUUGGUGCUUAUGGAUAUAGCAACGACCAAGUUUCUUGUGGUGUUCUCGUCACAAGUCGUGGGUUUUGCUUUUGUGAUGGGAAGCACUUGCAAGAACAUCUUCGAAUCCUUUGUGCUUGUCUUCGUCAUGCAUCCUUAUGAUGUCGGUGACCGAUGCGUUGUCGACGGUGUACUGUUGCUUGUUGAACAAAUAGACCUUUUAACUACCGUGUUCCUCAAGAUUGACAACGAGAAAGUGUUCUAUCCAAAUUCGACUCUAAUAUCGAAACCAAUAAGCAAUUUUUACAGAAGUCCAGAUAUGGGAGACUCCAUUGAAUUCUCCAUCGCAUUCUCCACACCGGCCUCGAAAAUCCCCAUUAUCAAGGAAAAGAUCGCAGAGUACUUAGUGCAGAACGCACACAAUUGGUAUCCAGAGCCAUUGUUGAUGGUGAAGGCGAUUGAGAAUAUGAACAAGCUGAGGUUGAAUCUGCUCUUCCAACACACCAUCAACUUCCAAAACUACGGAGAGAAGAAUCUGAGGAGAACAGAGCUGGUCAUCGCGCUUAAGCGAGUCCUCGAGGAGCUUGAGAUCGAAUACAGUCUCCUUCCUCAAGCAGUUCAUCUCAAAGAUCACAAAUGA